UCUGUCGGAUGCCGAAAAGUCCUUGUGCAUGUAGCGUUAACAGUGUGAAGUGCAGGGGGUGAUCUGGCCGUGUUUAUGAGCCGGUUGGCGAACCAUAUCGGGGACACUGUGGAUUGCCGUGUGGAGUGGAAUACUGAGUGAGGGGAUCGACAUGGACCUUCUGUAGCAUCCUCACACGCAGCACGUCGCUUCUGCUUUAAGGGUCUUCACUCGCCCGGCUUCAACCACAACCGCUCGACAAUGUCCGGGAUCAAAAUCAGCUUUUGCUUUUUAAUCUUUCAGCUGUGCAUCAUGUGUUCAGUAGGCCUAAGCAGCAAAUACCUUAGAGACCAGCACAGGUUUACAGAGGAUGUGGACUGGUCUUACACAGGAACUUUGAACCAACAGCACUGGGUAAAGAAGUACCGCUCCUGCAACGGAGCCAGGCAGUCACCCAUCAACAUUGAGGAAAGCUUUACCCAGGUUCAAGUGCAGUACCAGGAUUUGCAGCUAGAGAACUGGGACCAGCUCAUGACUGAUUCUACUAUCACCAACGAUGGAAAAACAGUGGUUAUCAGUGUGAAUGGACAGUACUACGUCAGUGGAGGAGGACUCAGGUCACGGUUCAAAGUAGCCAGGAUCACGUUCCACUGGGGCCGCUGCAAUGCCUCAUCAGAUGGUUCAGAACACAGCUUUAAUGGCUACAAGUUUCCUCUAGAGAUGCAGAUUUACUGUUAUGAGGAAAAUGAGUUUGAAUCUAUAGAUGAUGCUCUGAGGAGUAAUGGCAGAAUCACUGCAUUGGCCGUACUUUUUGAGGAGAGUGUUGACGAUAAUGAGAACUAUGCUGCCUUAAUCGAUGGGGUCAACGCUGUCAGUCGUUAUGGUAAAAGUAGUAUGCUUGAGGCCUUUCCUCUGCUUGGUCUACUGCCUGAGUCAACAGCAAAAUAUUUCAUCUACAAUGGCUCCCUCACCACGCCACCCUGCACAGAGACAGUGAAGUGGAUUGUGUUCAGAGACACAGUGCCAAUUUCUGAAACGCAGUUAGAGGUGUUCUGUGAGGUGAUGACAAUGCAGCAGGCUGGAUACGUGAUGCUGACAGAUUACCUGCAGAACAACUACAGGGAGCAACAGCAGCAGUUUCUGGGACAGGUUUUCUCAUCUUACACUGGCACAGAAGACAUCCUUGCUCCUAUGUGCAGUUCAGAGCCAGAAAAUGUUCAGGCAGAUCCCCAGAACUACACCAGCAUAAUGGUGACGUGGGAAAGGCCGCGUGCUGUCUAUGAGACCAGCAUUGAGAGAUAUUCUGUCACCUACCAGAGUCUACAGGGCAAAAAUGCUCAGAAACGACAGUACCUGACAGAUGGGGAUCAAGAUGUGGGUGCCAUUAUCCACAACUUGCUGGCCAAUAACAGCUAUGUUGUCCAGGUGGUGGCGCUGUGCACCAAUGGCAUGACUGGACGCAUGAGUGACCAAGUUAUAGUAGACAUGCCUCUGGAAGACCCUGAAAAUGAUCCUGAUCCUUCUGUUGAAUCAACACAAUUAGAAGAAUUUACUGAGGAGACCUCCCAGCCUUCUUUAUCUACGGGUAGGACAAGCAGCAAACCCAGGGUAUUGCCUGGUAGUACCUCUUCCUCCAAGAGCUCCAUAUACAUCACCACCUCCACCAAUCACCCAGGAUUCCUGUUUCCAGCUAUCAAGGCAACUACAUCAUCUGAGCAACAGUGGAUCACUGUGGAAUCUCAAUCCUUUUCACCUGACCAAGCAAGAAGCCAUGACAAGCAACUUAGCAGCCACAUUUUGCCGGAGGACGAAGACACCAUGCUGGUAACUGAUGUUCACUACGAGGGCUUGAAAUCUAGGACAGCAGUGUCCGGACUAAUUGACGAGCAGCUCAGUCUGCCUACUCUCCUCACCAGAGGUGUUCAGGAUCAGGGCAAGGGCCAAGUGUGGAUGACCAAGCCUAACAUCACUUCAGUGACCUCAGCUCCCAAUGCCGAGAGCAGAACUAUAUACGUCACCAGUAACACUUUGUCUGUCUCAGUGAAGAAUGCUAAUGAACCCACUCAGCCAUUGUUUAAUGAGGCGAGCAACAGCAGUCCAGAGUCUCGUGUGGGAAUGGUGGGAGGGACAGAGAGAGAAAAGAGGACAGUGGUGCCGUUAGCAGUGGUGUCCACCCUUACUGCAAUAUGUCUGCUGGUGCUGAUCAGCAUUCUCAUCUAUUGGAGGAAGUGCUUUCAAGCAGCAAAUCUUAAUGUAGAGGAUAAAGCAUCUCCCAGAGUCAUAACAGCUCCAUCAACACCUCUGCUCCUUAAUACAGAAGAACAUGCAGCCCUUCCAGUGAAAGAAUUUGUGAAGCACGUCGCGGACCUUUACUCCAACAACACGUUCUCUAAGGAGUUUGAGAGCUUGAAAGAGUCUUACGAGGAAAUUCAGUCCUGCACCGUGGACAUGGGUAUUACAACAGACAGUUCAAACCACCCAGACAACAAGAGCAAGAACAGAUACAUCAACAUCUUGGCCUAUGAUCACAGUCGAGUCAAGCUAAAUCAUAAUGCAGAGAAAGAUGGAAAGACUGGAGACUAUAUAAAUGCCAGUUAUGUGGAUGGCUACAAACAUCCAAAAGCUUAUAUAGCAGCCCAGGGUCCACUGAAGACAAGCCUGGAAGACUUCUGGAGGAUGGUGUGGGAGCAGAACGUUAGCGUCAUUGUCAUGAUAACCAACCUGUUGGAGAAGGGUCGGAGAAAAUGUGACCAGUACUGGCCUAUGGAAAACCAGGAAGAGUAUGGGAGUUUUCUUGUCACACUGAAAAGUACCAUAACGUUGGCUUACUACACCAAGAGGACCUUCACCCUGAGAAACAUCAACAACAAAAAGGGUUCUCUGAAGAGUCGCAGUCAGGAGAGAACCAUUGAUCAGUACCAUUACACUCAGUGGCCAGACAUGGGCGUUCCUGAGUACACACUUCCCGUGCUCAAAUUUAUACAGAAGUCGUCUGAGACGCAGAGCGCUGACUCGGGCCCUGUGGUGGUGCACUGCAGUGCUGGAGUGGGACGAACAGGAACUUACAUUGUGAUAGACAGCAUGCUGAAGCAGAUAAAGGCAGAGCGGACGGUGAACAUCAUGGGUUUCCUGAAGCACAUCCGCACCCAAAGGAACUAUCUGGUGCAGACUGAGGAACAGUAUGUUUUCAUUCACAACGUGUUAGUAGAGGCCAUCAGGAGUAAAGAGACACAAGUAUCAGCCAGCCACAUUCAUGCUUACGUCUCUGAUCUUCUCACUCCUGGACCAACAGGCAAGACUCAUCUAGAGAAACAGUUUAAGUUGAUCAGCCAGAAGUGUGCAAAUCAGGAUGACUAUGUGACAGCACUGAAAGAGUGCAACAUACCAAAGAACAGGACUUCUGCCCUCAUGCCUGUGGAAAGAUCCAGAGUAAGUCUGUCUUCAACUGUGGCAGAUUCUUCAGACUACAUUAAUGCUUCUUACAUCAUGGGUUACCAUCAAAGCUGUGAAUUCAUCAUCACCCAGAAACCCCUGGCCAACACUAUACAAGACUUUUGGAGGAUGAUCUGGGACCAUAAUGCUCAGAUCAUCAUUUCUCUGCCCGAUACGCAGAGCCUGAGUGAGGAGGAAGACUGUGUUUACUGGCCCACUAAAGAGCAGCCAAUCAGCUGUGAGACCUUUACAGUGACACUGGCAGGAGAGGAUCAGAUUUGUCUGUCUUAUGAAGAGUCUCUGGUGGUACAUGACUUUAUAUUGGAAGCCUUAAAAGACGACUAUGUGCUGGAGGUUCGCUGCUACCAGGCUCCACAUUGGCCCAAUCCAGACAGACCCAUCAGUAAUGCCUUCGAGCUCAUUAACAUCAUCAGGGAGGAGAGUGCACAUCGAGAGGGCACUAUUGUGGUCCAUGAUGGGUAUGGAGGCUCCAGUGCUGGGAUCCUGUGUUCCCUGAUUACCCUGAUUAAUCAGUUAGAAGAGGAGAACAUAGUGGAUGUCUAUCUGACAGCAAGGAUGACCAACCUGAUGAGACCAGGAGUAUUCACUGAUAUUGAGCACUAUCAGUUUCUUUACAAAGCUAUAUUAAGCUUGGUGAGCACCAAGGAAGAUGAGAAAACACUUCAUUCCACUGAGAACAAUGGCAACAUCCCGGCUGGCUCAGAAAGUCUCGAGUCUCUUAUGUAAUGUAAAUAAGUCAUAUGUUUUGAGGUUUUCAAAUCUAAAGAGAUUACAUAAUUUGCCUUUGUUUACAUCAAGGCUAGAACAUGGCCAUUUGGCUUUACAUCCCCCAACCCUUAAAAGUGUCUGUAUGGGACAUUCUGGUACAGGAUGUGAUUUGGUCUAUAAUCGUGCCUUUUUGUAAAACGUGUACUUUAUAAAGCGAUUUGAUAUGUUAUUGUUGGAACUAAUGCCAAAAUUUCUACUCUUUUCAGAAUGUUGACUGCCGCAUUGCUAGUGAUGUGUAUUUAGUUGAGUUAAGAGGUAAUAUUUAUAAAUAAACAGAUAUACACAGAUUUUAUAGACAAAUGUAGCUCAAAUACAUUGUUACACAAAGAAACAUUUCAGAUAUAUGACUACACACUGAUCACAUCAACAGACCAAACCCUAUUUGUAUAAAUACAUUGUCUAUUUUACUACUUUUGUUUGACAUAAAAGUUUAACCAUGUUUUUUUUUUUUUAAUUAUUAUUAUUAUUAUUAUUAUUAUUUAGGAUAUAUGUGUAUACAGUUAAGUGACAGUGCUGUUUUAUUCCUUGUCUGUGUUUCGUUAUUUUGGUGCAUGAAUUUAUGUAGAUGUAAAGCAACAAUUAAUGUCUGUGAACGAUGCCUGUAAGUUUGUUAUUGCGUUUAUGAGUGUCUAACUGCUGAUUAAGUGACUAUGCUGUGUACUUCUUUAAGUGAGACAGGAAGAAACACUACAACCUCUAAACUUGCCACUCGCACGUAUUGUGUAAGAAUCUCAGUGUAAUAGUCACAUCUUAACAUGUGAAUUAGAAAAACAGAGGACCCGGUAUUAACGAACAUUCCACUUUCCCCUCAAAAUAAAAUGAGGUAAACUUA